AUGGAAGUCUGGAACUCCACAUUGGGAAGUGGCUUCAUCUUGGUGGGUAUUCUGGAUGGUAGUAGCUUUCCUGAACUUCUCUGUGCUGCAAUCACAGUCCUGUACUUUUUGGCCCUGACCAGCAAUGGACUGCUGCUCCUAGUCAUCACCAUGGAUGUCCGUCUUCAUGUGCCCAUGUAUCUCCUACUUGGACAACUGUCUCUCAUGGACCUUCUCCUCACAUCAGUUAUCACUCCCAAGGCUGUUGUUGAUUUUCUACUCAAAGACAAUACCAUCUCCUUUGGUGGAUGUGCCCUUCAGAUGUUCCUAGAACUGGUACUGGGCAGUGCAGAGGACCUCCUUCUGGCCUUCAUGGCCUAUGACAGGUAUGUGGCCAUUUGUCAACCUCUGAACUACACAAUCUUAAUGAGUCAUAAAGUCUGCUGGCUCAUGAUAGCCACAUCAUGGAUCCUGGCAUCCCUCAGUGCACUAGGAUAUAGCACCUACACCAUGCAGUAUUCCUUUUGCAAAUCUCGGCAGAUCAACCACCUGUUCUGUGAGAUCCCUCCCCUGCUAAAGCUGGCUUGUGCAGAUACCUCCAGAUAUGAACUCAUGGUUUAUGUGAUGGGUGUAGCAGUGCUAAUUCUUCCUCUUGCUGCCAUCCUGGCCUCCUACUCACUAAUUCUGUUCACUGUGCUCAAUAUGCCCUCAAAUGAGGGCAGGAAAAAAGCCCUUGUCACCUGCUCUUCCCACCUGACUGUGGUUGGGAUGUGGUAUGGGGGUGCCUCCUUCAUGUAUGUCCUGCCCAGUCCCUUCCACAGCCCCAAACAAGAUAAUAUCAGCUCAGUUUUCUACACAAUUGUCACUCCAGCUCUGAAUCCCCUCAUCUACAGUCUGAGGAAUAAGGAGGUCACUGGGGCUUUGAAGAGAGUCCUGGGAAAACGACUGUCAACACAAGCCAACCUCUAG